CGGGGGGUUCAGUUGUCAGGUGAGUUCAGUCGAGUUGUUUGGCGGGGGUUCAAACAAUUCCAGCAGUCGCCGUUCAAACAUCUCCCAAAAAAUCAUCGUGAGCAAACUGUUUGGCAUAUGCGUGUCACCUUAGCGUAGACUGAAAAUCGGUUAUUGAUCGCGACAGAACAAUUCGAGGUCCGCACGAGAGUAAAAAAAAAAAGAAAUUGAGUCCUCAAGUUGCUGCUGUUGAAUUUGGUUGAACUCAUGCCAAAAUAAGCGUUGGAACGUCUCUCCUGUUGUCGAAAAAGACAGAAGAGAGCGUGACAAAAAAAAAACGGGGCGGGGUCGUUUAUGGAACCACCAACUGCCCAGGAGAAAUGCAUUUGCCAAAUCUGCACUUGCGGACGCCAUCGUUGUCGCAAACAUCCCCAGCAAGCGACUUUGGAUUUCGGACCCGCUAGUCGAUCCGCCGAAUUGCUGAUGAGCUCCAGUCUGGCCCAGAACGACUACGCCCAGCCGGCCAGGCCGGCCGAGCGGCCCGUCAUUAAGAAACUGGUGGACAACUUGCAGGUCGGCGGUCCAGGCGUUGGCAUGGAAGCCAAACCGUCACUCCGGACGGACUAUCCGGAAUUCCAGGUCAAGAGGCCAGUCAUCCAUCGGUUGGUGGAUCAGUUGAAAACAUCCGGCGGAACCGCUUCCUUCGACGGGGAUCCAUUCACCGCUACAACGCUCAGCCGUGACCAGUACCGGCCGUUCAGCAACGUCAAACGGCCGGAAGGCGGACGCAAAUUGCGGUCCUCGUUAAAAGUCAGGGGCAACCUGGACGCCGUUUCAACCAGUCGGGACUACCAGGAUCACGAGAAUUACGUGCGGCCGGCCAAUCACCGGAUCCCGGACAGCAUUCAAUUGGAGAGCGGCAACGUGGUGGACUCGUCCGUGUCCAACGCCGAUUUCCGCCAGUUCACCGUGGAGCGGCCGACGAUCCGGCGGCUGCAAAGUUCAUUGAAAAUCGCGGCCGGAUCGAUGGAGCAGAACGAGUCGCUGUCGCAGGCCACCUACAAGGAGAUGCCCGUCUCCAGACCCAAACGCCAUCUGCUGGCCGAUCAAAUUACCACUGGCGGCAACGGACAGGAAAUGGCCAAGGCCGGCCACUUGCACGAGGACUACAAACAAUUCACGGCCGAACGUCCAGUUAUCAAAAAGCUCCAGGACAAUUUGGCCAUCCCUCACCUGGCCAAAUUCGAAGCCCACAAUGCGGAAUAUCCGGAACACCUCGACUACGCCAAACCCAUCCGCAAAAAGAUGGAAGACACGCUGAAAUUCAGCGGUGCCAUGGAACAAUCGUCUCAGUCACGCAAGGAUUACGUGGAAUUUCACGCCGAGCGGCCCAUCAUCAAGAAAUUGCAGGACAACAUUCCGGUGCAUCCGACCAACGGGGCCUAUUACAAGGCUGGCGACCAGCAGCCGCAAUCGACCCAGCGUGACUACGGCCACCAGUUCGAGUCGAAACGGCCCAUCAUCAACAAGUUGCACGACAAUCUCAAAAUGGAAGGCGACGUCGACCUCCAGACGGCCUACAUGCAAUCCUACGUCCAGAAGACCGAUCCCGUCCGCCCGGAAAUCAAGCGGAUGCACAGCACUUUGGCUGUGGCCGGAGGCGAUUUCGCCACCGAGUCGGUGGUCAAAGCGGAUUAUCCGGAGCACCGCGUCCAGCGUCCGACCAUCGCCAAACCGGUCGGCCAAUUGCAGAGCAACGAUUCCUCCUGGGGCAACAAUAACAGCCGGCCGGCGGCCGGGGCCCGUCGGGUGAGUCAACAGUUUGAUGGACAACAGCCGGCCGGCAUCGGAUACUUUCAACCGGGACCCAAUAUGAACCGAGUCCGCCAGAUGGAGUCGUCGAUCCAAUUCGGAUCGGGAAAUAAUUCGCCGGCCAUGACCAGCGAGGCCCAGGAUUCUUUUAUUCCGCUGGAUGGAGCCCAGAAGAGUCAAAUGACGAGGCCCCGCACCAGCAACCGACUCCAGGACUGGAACGUGAACGAGCCUUCCGGCCGGAUCCGGAUGAACGGCAACAAUGCGCAGCAGAAAUUGUCGCAUCAGCCAAUGACGAGGGACCAAGUCGUUGCCCAGCAGGCGAGACGGAAGCACCAGGCCACCGAGUCGUCGUUCUCACUGGGCGGCGGCCAGCAGCAGACGGCCCAAAAUCACGAGGUGGACGGAUCACUUUACAAAAAGAGUUUCACGUUGCCGGCCAUUGAGCCGUGCCCGGCGGCCGUUUUGCACGUCGACGACAAAUCCAAUUAUCAAUUCACCCGCGAAUUGCACAAUCAUCGCUUCUACCGGCCAAUCAUCAACUCGAUGGGCUGAAGGUUGGGGACAAUUUUUAUGACAAAACAAAUCAAAACUCAAAUGAUUUAGAGAAAAUAAAAUUAUAGGAAUGAUCAAUUAAUUUUGCACCCGUAGGGCGAUUGGUAGUGACCUUCACUUUUGACAAGGUCUCGACUUAUUUUUUAUGUUUUUUCGUCUCGACUUAUUUCCUAAAAAUCCAAUUUAACUUUUGACUAAAUAAAAAAAAUUUUCUAUCUCAAAUUUAUUUUAUUUUAUGUUUUAUUUCAGAAAUUAAUCGUUUUUCGAUUAGCGUUUGGCUGCUGGAUGUCUCGUUUUUGUAUUUGCACUAACUACCGACCACAAUACACUUAACAUUUCGAAUUGAA